AUGACUCGAACGCGAGACACGGGUAUCAUUGUUACACGGUAAGCUUUAAAAGAACCAGUAAACCGUAUUACAAUCUUGCGGUGCCCUAGUUCCUCUCUCACCGGGCAUCACUGACUUGAAUCAGCAGGAGUAUACAGCUCUGCUGUGUUGGUGGAUAAGGACAUGUUCUUAACCUAAUUCUGAAUCUAAAUCACAUCAAACGGAUCUAGGGUUACAUUCGAUUAUCUUACUGAUACCAAGUGGACAAUCGAAACAGUUUUUUCGAUCACGAUCAGUUUUGCAGAAUUCAAUGUAUUAUGAAAGCUGAUCGGGUUUUCUACAGAUCCUACGUUCUGUGGCAUAUUCGUUUGCGGUCCUUUGCUGUUUAAAUGUCAAUUUAUUGCUUAUUUUGGGGCCGUAGGUCUUUUAUAGAUCCGAUAUGCUGUUCAUUUUUGCAUGGUUUUGCCCAUGGAGACACGUGAUGUGGCGUGGUUCGGUUAAUUAGUGUUGGAGUUAAAUGUCAGGGCUCUAAAACAGAGUGAGCGGGUAAUUUUUAGCAGAGCUUCUCUGUUUGUUGCGCCGUAGCUUACUGAUGAGCCACAAGAAUGGCGAAACAGCUGUCUACGCCGUUACGACCCCGCUCUGUUUUGUGUUCUUUCAGUGUCGUGUUGAUGUCUUGCAAAGUUGAUUUUCAUGUAGUACGAUCAGCUACGUGAAAAAAGCUACAUGAAAAAAGAAGGGAUUCUUUGAAGGGGAUGAUCAAAUUGAGAGAUUUUCUAAGUGUUAUUACGGUCAAUCCGAAAGCGACCACACCUAGGGCUUUCAUCUGUCUUCAGUUUUUGUUUUUGUUUUGUUUUGUUUUGUUUUUUUCACACAGUAACCUUCCGAUCCUUAAUGUAAAAUCGUGGAAUAAUACUGUAAAUGUGCUUUUCGCAAAAGAUGUAUAAAGGACGGACCUUUUUGGCUUCUUUCAUUAGUAGCUUACAACUAGAAAACGAAUGAGUUAUCAGGCGAAUAAAAGAUCGACUUCAACUUCAUUCAAAAGAUAAGGUAUGGAUAGGCCAAUUCUGCAAAAUGUGCUUAGCUUCUUACUACACACAAAAAGACACUGAAAAAAACCUUUUAGUAGUUCGCAUGGGAAAAUCUGUCAUCCAAAGAGCUGCGAGUAAAUGCCAAAUAAAAAAAAACUAACAAUGAUUUUUUUGAUCAUGGGAACCACAAAACUCUGUAUUUACUUUUAGUGAAAAUAUUACAAAACUAGGUAAAUAUUUACAAUAAACCUAUGAUUGAGUCUCUUGCUACAUGUUUUUGUAAACGGAUGUUAUUUUGCUACUUGACAGAUGAAAGUUUAAGACAUCAGAGACGCCAAGAAAAAGAUUAUUGUUUGUAUACUGCAGACUUCUCAGACGGUUGUCAAAAAUCAGGAGAAAAGUUGAGAAUACAGUAAAAACACAAGCACAAUUUUAAAACGACGACUUUGAAAUUUGCCUUUGUCUUAUUAAUUCUGGAUCUGUAUCAUCUAUAUAAUUUUGCAAAGCCAGUUAAAUAAAUAAAUAAGUUUGGCUCGGCCUUAAUUCGAAUUAGGUUCGGCUCAUGAAAAGUUCGGCGUCUGAACCGGGCCUUGGCGACUUUUCCUAACAAUUAUCUGAGAAAAUUUUAAAGUCGUCGUGUCGUGUGCGUCAACAUUGACGUUACCAUGGCAACCGAGUUUUGGCAACCACGUUUCUCAAAAUUUGCAUUUUUCUCACUAAAAUAGGUUUUAAUUUUAUUUUUACGAAUGUAAUUAUUGUAAUACUUAUAUAACACUUAAAUUAGCGCUAUUUUAUCAAAGUUAUUGACACUGUUGAUGAAAUCCAGGCUUUUUAGUGACUAGCUUAAGAAAUGAGUUAAUAUCACCAAAUAGCAGACGCUUUUUUAAUUUUUAACAGUGUUCAUUUCUCCCGUAACUGCAUAUUUCUCAGAUUUUUUGCCUCCUAAGCAUCCUUUUAUUCUCAGAUCAAGUUUUCUUUAAAAAUUCCUCGAUUUAUACGGGUUUUAAGUAAAAUGGAACACACAAGAUGGCGGAUGCUUCCAGUUCCUUUUUAGUAAUAAAAUGACGUCAUGAUGACAUUACUUCAGAUAUUGUUAAAACUUAUUUAUUGUUAGCCAGCUUCUUGAUUUUAUGAAACAGCCUUACCCUUUAAGUAUAUUUUUGCUUAAGUGUACUUGGAUUCUGUCCCUGUGGCAGGAAGCAAAAGAGCCGGGUCUGAAUAGGGUUAAACCUACAAGUAGUUCAGAACUUAUUUAAAUGUUACUUUGCUCUUGAAACAUACAGAGACGAUGCUACUACAGCAGCCACUGUCAAAGAGGCCAAUUCUGUUACUACGGGCGGUGCUGCCAGUAUAGUUACCCAUCUGGCUACUGCAGAUCGCAGAGCGGCUGUAAAUCAUAUCAGUGCUGUUCAAAACAUAACUCGCAGCAGGCUUACGGCAUCUGCAGGAAUCUCAAGAAACCGGGAGAGUUUUGCCCUUUAA